AUGAAUUGGAAGGAAGCGUGCUUGUUAUUGUGUUUGAUUUGGCUGGCCAUCUCAAAGAGAGGAGCUGCUGCAAAUCGUAUUCAACAUAGACGGUACCUAGUCCAGGAAGCCCAUAAAUCCAACCCCAAACAAGUUAAAGAGAAUACAAGCCCGUCACCGGGUCCUGAGAAGCCUGCUGCCAAAACCAAACCUGGGACUGGGAAUGAUAAAGUCGAUGCCAGUCCACCAGAAGUUGAUGAUGUUCCCAAGGAGACAUGUGACCCGAAGUUCAACAAAUGUCAGAAUGAUGCUCAGAAUAUCACAGCCUGCCUGCUACAAACUCCUGGAGACGGUGGUUAUUUCAUUCCUUUUCCUUUCGAAGGACCAUUUCUCCUUGUCCACAAUGAGGGUCAGAGCUCUUUCACAUUCAAUGUAACAAUACUUCCAUCAAACUCAACAACCUUGGACAUUGGAGUUACAUUGGCACACCAAGUUAGUAAGAUUAACGUUUCAUCAAAUGCAACCAUGACAACAGCAGUUGUACUAAACGCUCAUGAAUGGACAUGCAGAAUUGGAAGAAGAAAUCGGCUUUCACUGAAUUUUCCUUCUUACAUUGCAAAAAUAAAGCCCAUAACCGGGGUAUACUUGAUUUCUGGGACAAUUCUGAUUAUAGGAGUUUUGUGGGCGGGUUGCAAGCAGGGGAAAGACGUCAAGCAUCUCAAUGGAGUUCCCUACCAGGGACUCGAAAUGGGGCGACAAGAAAGUGGCGCUUACAUGAACGUGGAAACAGUAGACAGUUGGGACCAGAGUUGGGAGGACUGGGAUGACGAAAUGGCUGUUGAGUCACCUGGUGGCAGUCAUGUGGACAAUGGACAAGGCCAGGCAAAUGGAAAUGGUUCUAGUUCUAAGUCUGCUGAUAUUAGUGAAUGGAGCAGUGAUUGGAAUGAAUGA